AAUGCUUUGCGUGACGCUAUGGUCUUUACGACAGUAAGCGGGAGAAGGUUGAAAGGAUCAUAACGUUGGAUGCGUAGAACACCUUAUGUCGUCGCGCUUUGUUGUUAUGGACACCUUACCUUGUCAUGAAGUCAAAGGCAUCAACAGAGGAUCAGAUGAACACUCGGUCAUUUUCAGGGCAUAUGUCUCCAACAAGAGAAGUUAAAGGGAAGGUUCUGUUUCUUCACCAGGAGACUUCAAUGAGACCACCUGAGAUCAACGAACUGUCUCAUCCACCACCUAGGAAAAAGUUACCCUGUCAUAGCCCAGACACCUACGGUGGGAGCAAAGAGGGCCUUUGUAGGCGCUCUGCUCAUUCCUCAUUAUUAGUCAAGUCAUCAGGCAGUCCAACCCUUAAUGCAACAUCAACGAAUAGGUCCAAUCCCGUGAAAUACAGACUGUGUCCACGACAGCAGUCCUCCAUACCGCCUUCAUUUAGUGCUCAACCUAUCCACUCAGACUCAGAUUGCUCGGAGAGCGGGCCGCAAUCUCCAACUCCAACUGCUAACCUUCACCAAAAACCCACUCAGUUCAUGAGGGAUGUAAGCAACUACACACCAUCCUUCAACACCAGGAGAGAUAAAGUCCACAAACACAAGGACACUAUGUCUUCUUCAAAGAGUAAGAAUGAAACUGAAAAACAUCGCAGCUCCAACAAGAUGAGGGUCUCAGAGCCUCACAGUCCAACUUUGUCUUCACAUUGCCAAAAGCUUUCUCCAAGUACCAACUGCUCUGGCAGCAGAUCUUUAACCCCCAUUCACAGACCAGGAGACUCUGGCCAGCACCAUCGCAAGAAACCAACAUCUUCAAGUGCAAAGCUAAAAUCAGAGAUCUUGAAUGGCUCGUCUCACAAGCGACGAAGGGAGUCUGAUGACUGUGAAGAACCACUGGGUGCGUCACCAGUGCCAGCAUCCAAGGAUUCCUCAACUUUAAAACAGUCAAACAAAAAAGACAUUCACCAGUUAAAAUCUUUGAGACAGUCAUGCAGGUAUAAGCCCACCAGGUCAACGCCUGUACCUUUCAUAAAACAGUUACAUGUCAGAUUAUCUCGCAGUGAUGUUGUGAGGUUAUUGUCACCGUCAGUGUCUCCUGAGGAAAGGUUGGAAAAGUCAGUAGACAAAAAUGACCAACGCACAGAAGUUAGCACUUUAUUAUGCCAUAAAGUUAAUGUCAGUAAACCCUCAGUUUCAUCAGCAACAACUCAAAGAAGUAAGACUGUGAGUAGUGCUUCGAAAUCUGACUCAAAAAUUAAUUCUGGUUCUCGGGUCGAACAAACCAAAACUGCCCGGCGACAUAGAUCUAGUGUAUUACCUAACGACCUCAUGGAUCUCUUCACCCCUGAUCCCGUGACUCACAGCUAUAAGAUUUCAAAAUCUAACAUGGAUGAAAAAACAGUUAAAUCCUCUAUCCCAGAGAAAAGCACUGAAAUUAAAUCCAGUGUUUCAGCCCCUGGAUCCUCAUGUGAUAAAACACAGAACUGCACAGUCAAGGUUUCUACCAGGUCGAAGGACGCCAAAGUCUCUGUUUCACGUGUACCCACUGUCUCUGUAGUGCGGAUAAAACCUGAGGACAUUGCAUUCCGCUCUGAUCUCAAAGAAGUCAAAAAUGCACCUGUCACUACUGCAACAGGACAGCAUCAUGGAGGAUGUGAAAAACUAACGGCUCUUGUUUCUAACAAUGUCACCUUGGACACUGAUGCUGUCACAUCACAGCAAACCCAUGGCUCUUCAGUAGUGAAGAAUACACAGAGUGAAGAAGAUGAUUCCAUAGAUAUGGACAUAAACCUGGAUUGGAGUUUGGCGCUAGAUUUGGAUUCAACUCAAAGCUCCCACAGCAGUGAAGAGGAGCAACUGGUCUCACUGCAGGAGAUAAUGGAGCGUGCAGCCAAACCUCCAGAUACCCCAGAGAAAGGAGCCUUCUCAGAGCCCAGUACACCUGGAAACCACAGACCUCGGACCCGUAGGCAGUUAAAAACUUCGUCCUCGUCUUUUGCUAAACCAGCUUCGUACAAGAACAACAUCGACCAGAUUGUGCGGGAGUUUGCCACCAAUAAAAGGACCAAAGAAGUGGAGGAGCAGUUUCUAUCUACGUGUAGAGAUGACCUGUUAAGAAUAGCUGAAUAUGAGGAAGCUCAGGAGGAGGAGCAGCCCAUCACCACUGAGCAACAGGAGUUUUUGCAGCACUACACGCUGAUGUCCACCGCCAUCAGAGAAGUUCCUCCGGGAGAUGCAGUUUUCAAUCUGGAAAAAUGUGGUUGCAUUUUCAACCCAGAUACACUACAGCUGAGGCAAUGCAUCCUUAGGCCACAGGGGGCAGCACAGAAAACACUUCUUUGGUCCAGUCCUGCUCAGUUCAGAUCACAUGUGAUUAUCGGGUUGUUUCAAGAAGCUUAUGACUGUCACUCACCCUGUCCAACCCAAGUCAGCCUUUUUCUCUUCAAGAUGAUGUCAGUCCACCCCGAGAGGUUGAUCUCUGAGAAGAUCCUUCAGGCUCUGAGUGACAUCGCCUGCACUGCUGCCGCUCAAAUUGUGGAACAUGGAAACCAGCAGUUUAAAGUGUGGGUUCCUAGUUUGGCUGAUGUGACACUGAUUCUGAUGAACAUGGGAGCUUCCUUUGUUUCUCUGUUCCCUUUUGAAAAUUUGCAGCCUUCAUUUACAGAAGCUGAUUUGCUGGAAGACAUGUGUAUUAAAAAUGAAAAUCCUUCUCAUGAAAAUGAACAGAACACCUUUUCUGAACAUAACUACGACAACAUCCUAAAGUAUCUUUCUGUGUGUAUGGGCCUCUGUCCACGGGCCUACAGUGAUGAUGAGCUGUUGCUGCUGCUGACUGUGUUGGGGAAAGUGAGCCUGGACACUCAACUGAUCCUGCACUCCAGUGUGGAGCUCUUCCCUCUGCAGUAUAAACUCAUCAACAACAUUAGGGACUGGGAAGCUAUGCUGCCGAAAAUGUGUUCAGCUCUUACUGAUCUGACAGACGACCAUCACAACAUGUGCCUGUUAGUUCAACAGCUUCCUAACAGUAAACGUGGAAAGGAAUUGCGCCAGCACCUAAGUCUGUCUAUGAUCUCAAAGCUUAUCAAUGGAAAAUGCACUUACAAACCUACUGGAACAGAGUUUCAGCUCUCUUUGCUUAAGCAAUACUUGCCCUUUAUGCGACCCUCCACCAUUCUGAAAGGAAUGUUGAGCUCCUCCAGCAGUAAUCAGGACGAUACAAAGGAGGACAUGUCCUCCUUAGACCAACAGUCCUUCUACCUCUGCUACAGCCUUCUGACACUAACAAAUGAGGCCUCCAACUUUUAUGCAUUUCCAGCUCAACAGAAGGAGCAUCUACACAGCCUGUGCUCUAAGUUGGACAGCUGUGUGAAAUGUGACAUCAGGGAGAGUGAGAAAUGUCUCUAUCGGAGCAAAGUGAAGGAUCUAGUGGCCAGAAUCGACAUCAGGUGGCAGAUGGUGCUUCAGAAGACCAGGCCCCUUCAUGAUAAACUGUAUGAUUACUGGCAACCACGCUCACCAAGAGGAGCACAACACGGGGGUCUAUGACUCAAAGUACACAAGGAGGAAGAGUCUCAAGAAAAGAAAUGAUCAGAAGAAGACAAAUGUUAUAAGCUUUGUGUUUAGAGAUGCAGUAUGGGCUGCAUUAGGACCACAGUUAAUGUUGAAAAGUAUUUUUUUGUAAAUGUUAGAGUUACUGUAAAGUUGCUGAGUUACUGUAAGUACAGCUGUAAAUCUGUCCCAAUAUUUAUAUAUUUGUAUUAAUAUGGCAUUCACUGACCCCCAAAUCCUCAGUGGUGUGUCCAAUUCCUUCCUAAUUUAAUAAUAGAUUUUCUAAGUCAGAGCAGCUACUAGACAGGUGAUUGUUCUUGUCUACAGUUAAUAUUAAUAUAUGAAUAAUUCCACAGACGACUAUUGACAAUAGAAGCAUAGAUAAAUAGUUUGUAAUAAUAUGAAUGGACACAGUUCUGUUCUAGUGUAUCAGGAAUCAACUCAACUACUGGUACUAAAAUUCGUAAUAUUUUAUUUUUCUUGACUGUGAAAAAAGCUUUUUAAUCUGCAACUUUACUAUACUAUAUUCUGCUCUAUAUUUUUUACAUUUGUGUCCAGAAUGUCUUUUUUGAAAUGGAAGUAUUUUUUUAGCUGUUGCCAAAUUUAAAAAAUAAAAUUAAUACAUAUA